AUGUUGCCCUUGGGCAUCAUCUUUUUGUCAACCUUGUUCCUAAUAAACUCAUCGGAUGCUUGUCAUCCUGUUGAUCAAGAAGCAUUGCUGCAUUUCAAAGCUGGAAUCACUUCCGAUUCGACUAAUGCAUUGGGAUCAUGGGUUCCGACCACGGAUUGCUGCAACAGUUGGAACGGUAUUUUCUGCAAUCCUGAAGGAAGAGUUUUUAAAGUGACUCCGGCUGUGUGUAAUGAUGAUUCCUUUAUCGAAGUACCAAUGUCUGGAACUAUAUCGCCUUUUCUUGGCAACCUUUCCUACCUUGAAACACUUUGGUUCACGAAGCUAAAGAAUCUGACGGGUUUUAUUCCGCCCGAACUCGGAAAGUUAUCCAAACUGACUGAUCUCCGUCUUGAUCACAAUCAGCUGAGUGGAGAUACUUCUUGGUUUUCUAGUUUCGUUUCACUGAACAUUUUGGUUUUGUCUGAUAACAAUCUGACGGGGAAUAUUUCGUCAAUUUGCAAAAUUCGUUCCAUGAUGAUGCUAAACUUGAACAACAACAAGUUCACUGGAAUGUUACCCCAAGAUAUGGGAAUUACCAUGCCGAAUCUUAAUUCUUUAUAUCUCUCCAACAACAACUUCACCGCUUGGAUGCAAGGAUUGAGACAGCUAACCAGCUUAUCGUUGGCAAAGACGGGAAUCAAAGGGCCGCUUCCGCGUUGGCUACCUAGACUUUCACCGAAUUUGCAAAAGCUGAAUUUAGCAGAAAAUGAAUUGACGGGGCCAUUGCCAAGUUGGAUAGCAAACUUCACCAAGUUACGGGAGCUGAACUUAUCUUGCAAUGCAUUUGAAUCUUCUAUUCCAGCAGAAUUCCAGGAUAUGUACCCCCUAACAACCCUGGAUCUUCAUUCCAACAAGUUCUCAGGCGGGCUGAAACCCAUACUGGGAGCGUAUUAUGAUGAGGUACUUUGUUACGCAUACGAUGCCAUUGAUGUUUCCAACAAUUAUUUCUCUGGUCCAAUCGAAGAAAACAUUGGAGACGAAGGAUCCCUCGGUUACAUUACUUCCUUAAAACUGUCGAACAAUUUACUUGAAGGAACUAUACCAAAGUCGAUCGGAAAACUAGCGUCCUUGAAGGCUCUAUUGCUCGCGAACAACAGAUUAAGUGGUGGAAUCCCGGAGAAGUGUCCAACCUCACAUUGCUUCACGAGUUUGAUGUUUCCGGGAAUCAUCUGA